CGGUCAUUGACGGUAAAGGCCUGAGCAGGGAUGACAGCAGCAUCAGUGCCCCAUGCACACAGGCCUACUCGGCAUCGCCCCAUCCGGCUGGAAUAGAGCAGGUCUUCUUCAUCCAGCAGCACAUGGGCUUAAACCAAAAUGUAGACCAAUCACAGACUUUCCUUGAGUGCUUAUGAUGUUGUCAGCCUGUAAUACGGGAGCAUCUGCUGGUGGAGGAGGAAGUGUUGUCAUGGAGACGUCUAACUUCGCCCAUGUCAUCUUCCAGAAUGUUGGGAAAAGCUUCCUCCCGCAGGCAGCACUUGAAUGUCAUUACACCCUCACCCCCUUCAUCACCCCACAUCCCAAAGACUGGGUUGGCAUCUUUAAGGUGGGCUGGAGCAGUGCAAGAGACUACUACACGUUUCUCUGGUCUCCCAUGCCUGAAAACUACACUGAGGGAUCCACUGUUCACCGAACCAUCAUCUUUCAGGGAUAUUAUGUUCCCCGUAGUGAUGGUGAGUUUUAUCAGUUCUGCUAUGUCACACACACGGGUGAAAUCAGAGGUGCGAGCACACCAUUCCAGUUCCGCCCGGCCACACCCACAGGGGAGGAGCUACUGACCAUGGAAGAUGACGGGAACUCAGACAUACUGGUUGUGACGACAAAGACUGAGCUACUUGAGCAGCGUGUAGAGGAAGUUCAACAGGAGUGCAAAGAACUGCAGAAAGCACUACGCCUCCUCACACAGGAGAGAGAUCAGCUACAGGAGAGACAGAGACAACAGAACCAGGAGCUGCAGAAAAGCUUGAGCGAGGAGAAGGAGGAGGCUCAAGCCCGAGUCAAACAACUUGAACAGGACCUGCUAGAAAUCACACAAAAAGCUGUUCUUAAAGAAACUGAACUGGACUGUUUAAGAGACAGGCUGCAGAAGGUGAUUUCUGAGAGAGACGGUCUACAAACUCAACUGAAGAAUGAAAGAGACGAGAGGGAGCUUUACAAAUCUCACGUGCGCAGUGCCGAGCUGGAAAACACUAAACUCAGUGCUGAGCUGCAGAUGCUGAAGGCAAUGGAGCUAAAUCGAGAGGUCACCAUCGCACAGUACCAGGAGGAACUGCACAGGCUACGCACAGAGAGGGACACACACCCUGCUGAUGCCGGUCUGAAAGAGCAGUUGCGUCAAGCUGAGGAGCAGCUCCAGGCCACGCGGCAGCAGGCCGCUAUGUUGGGUUCCGAGUUACGUGAUGCCUCCGGUGGGCGAGAUCGCACCAUGGCUGAGCUGUACCGUGCCCAUCAGGAGACAGAAGACCUACGAGCCUGUUUAGCUGAAGCCCAGGAAGAAUGCAGACAUGCUCAGAAUCAGCUUGACAGGAUGAGAAGCCAGGCAUCACAGGAAGUGCAGGGCAGGGCUGGCGUGGGUGUGGUUUCAGAGCUGGAGGCGGAGCUACAAAAGGAGGUCGAGGAACUAAAGCUGCGUCUGAAUAUGGCUGCAGAGCACUACAAAGAGAAAUACAGAGAGUGCCAACGUUUGCGAAAACAAGUCACCAAACUGACUCAGCAACAAGAGACGCAGCAGGGCGACUGUAACAGGAAUGAUGCCUCUACAGAGACCACACAGGAGUUACACACACCAGAUGCAGAGACGCCUCCCACAGAUCUAUAUCCUGCUGAGAUCAAACCUGUGACACAAAGAGAUGCCGAGAGAUUGGGAAUUGAAGGCAGACCUGGACAGGAGAGGAAGGAAGAGAAAAAAGAGGAAGACGAUGAAGACGAAGAUGAGGAGGAUGAGGAUGAGGAUGAGGAGGAAGAGGAGUGCAGUGUGUCAGUCGAAGCUGAGCUUGCUUGCAUGGAGGAGAAAUGGAGAGAGCAGUGCACCAUCAAUGAAAGCCUGAAGCUCCUGCUAGCCAGUGAGGAGCAGCGGUUUAAAACUCGAGUGGCAGAGAAGGACAGAGAGGUGUCUGCUCUGAGGGAGAGUCUUGUGGUGGUCACCAGGGAGAAAGAGAGACUGGAAAAGGAGCUGCAGGAGUGGAUGAACCGAGUAGAGGCUGCAGGGAGUCAGAGGACAGACGGAAGAGAGCCAAUGAUUCUGCGAUACCCACUGCCCUAUACACAAGACCAACCUCCACUGGUGCCCCAACAACCAGCUGACCUGCAGUAUGGAAACCCCUAUUCAGAACAAGAGACCCGGGACGGAGCAGACGGGGCAUUAUCCCCAGAACAAACCUGCCGGCCCCCUCCUUUGGCUCCUCCCCCGUGGGGUGGUCCUGUGGUCUGCAGUCAGCCAUCACGCAGCCUCAGCCCCCCUGAUGGCCUGGAGAAUCCCACUGAAGAGCGGCCAAAUGGAGGUGAUGGUGAGGCCCCUGCAGUCUGCGAUCAUCAGAGCCUGGAAUCUAACCAGAGCCACACCAGCUUCUGCUUUGAUACCAGACCUGAUGUUCAUAAGCGGUGUCCCCUGUGUGAGGUGAUCUUCCCGCCACACUUUGAGCAAAGCAGUUUCGAACGACACGUGGAGUCUCACUGGAGGGUAUGUCCCGUCUGCAGCGAGCAGUUUCCUCUGGACUGCCAGCAGCAUCUCUACGAAAAGCAUGUGCUCACACACUUUGAUGACAAUGUUCUGAACUUUGACAACUUUGAUUAGAGAAAAAAAAAUAUUGAUUUGCUUUUAGUUCAAUAUAAAACGCCUCAGGUGAUUCAGGGGCUUCAGUGUUUUGUUCGAAACACGCUGAUGUUGUCACUUUGUCGUAACCGCUGCACUCAUGCCAGGAGGACUAUAUUUGAUUUGCACAUAGACAAACAUUAAUUCAGAUAUUUAAACUUCUAAGGGAAAGAAUACUGUAAUAAUGGUCUUCAGGUAUAAUAGAUAUGUAAGAAGAAGAAAAAAAACAAAGAAAAAAAAGGAAAAGCACUUUUUUUAGUUUAAAAUUGUGUAAUACUGAUUGCGCUUUAAAAUGAGAGCUUUAGGUUGUUGUUUAUUGAAAUGUAAAUUCAUUUUAAAGGACCAAUGAUGCAAUGAUGUAUAUGUUUAUUUUGCCAGAAGAAAAUGACAAUAAUUAAUUAACCCAAAUCAAAUUGAAUGCUUUACUCUUAAAUGCUUUCUUUGUGAAACACAAUCACUAGAAACAUUCAUUUAAAGGGAUAGUUCACCUAAAAUUGUAUCACCUCAUAUAACAUUCUUCUGUGAAACUAAAUGCUGGUUUUGCUUUACAUCUUAUUACAAUAAAUAUGGACCAGAGCUUUUCAGAAAAGAUGUAAAGGCACUAUAAAAAAAUAUCAUAAAAGUGGUUUAAAACUGUUUAAGUUGAGCCCAUGAACUGAAUUAUGGAAGUCUGUUUUUGCCACAGUUUCGAGCUCAUUUGUGUAAAAAUCUAUUUAUUUAGUGGCUCAAACAAUUCAUUUAGGAAGCUUUAAAGCUACAGUAUCCAUUUAUCCUACUAGUGGCUCUUUUCAAUAAUCCAAUUACCAUUAAAUGGUCUUAUUUUAUGUGAUAAUGAUGACACAACAUUUGUUUUUAAGUGAACUACUUCCAAAUAACAAAGUGACUCAAUUCAGAGAGCCAGAGUGCUAAAACUAUGGCUGUGGAUUGGACAGCGACUUUUCAGUGCAUCAUUGGUUCAAGCAUAACUUAAUAUCUUCAGUUUCAGCAUAUUAUCCAUCAUACAAUUCCUGCUUGAAAUCCAUUCAGCCAACAAAAGCUGAUGCUUCACACUUAAGUGUGCCAGGAAGUUUAACUUCGGGUUGCUCUGUGGUUGUGUGUAUCAAGUGUACGUUUAUUAAUAAAGAAUGCUACAGCUCAAGUUCA